AUGAGCGAAGUCCUUCUUCCGCCAGAGAUACUGCAGGAGCAGCAGGAAAAGUCAAAUCUGCUGGGAAAUUUCUUGGAGAUUUCUGUGAACAGGAUAAUGCUGGCUGUUUUCAGCUUUAUGCUUUUUGCAGCGCUUUUUGUGUUUGCAAACGUUCUUGUGUGCUUUGUGGUUAUCAUAAUAAAGGGAUAA